AUGGGUUCUUUCUUGAAAGGCAAAAGCAUCAAAGAAUGGCAAGGAGCUUUUGAUCGACUGAAAGAAAUGCCUCUGGGAAAGGUUCAUGAAAUACCGAGGAUUGUUGUUGACGGGUUAGAGGCUAACGAGAGAAUGAUUUUUCUUGACAUCGCAUGUUUUCUUAAUGGAUAUGGCAAAGAAGAGAUCAUCAAGUCCCUAGAACAAUGCUGUGUCCAUGCCAAUAGUGGGAUUGAGAUUUUGUCUCAAAAGUCACUCAUAUACAUCGAUGAAAAUAACAAAGUAUGGAUGCAUGAUUUGCUUCAAGAAAUGGGCAGACAAAUUGUGAUUCAGGAGUGUCCUGAUAACCCCGGCAAGCGAAGCAGAAUAUGGCGUCAUGAGGAUGCUCUACAAGCGGUUAGACAAAAUUCGGGAACGGAUGCAAUUGAAGGAAUUAAACUAGACAAGGCUGAUGUAGAAGAGUUGAUCUUGAACGCAGACUCGUUCAAAAAAAUGAAGAAGCUCAGGCUAUUUAUUAUGGUUGAUCAGGUCCCUCAUUGUGGACCGGCCGGAAAUCUGUCGGAAAAGUUGUGGAGGUGUUUCGCACGACACAACAAUAAUAUCUUAUUAUCUUGAUGCUGGUCCAUCUCAACCUCUGCCCAUGCACGUGGAUCCAAUAGGUCUAGUUUAUUGGACCUUGGCCCAUCAGCCCAAUUUAAAUGUCUCGUAAAAAAGCUAGGCACAUUUACUUAAUAAAGGCCAUCGCAUC